AAAUAAAACAUAUUUAGGUCCUUUAGGAUCUUAUAUUAAAUUAGAUAAUACUUACCUUAUUUCUAGACUUGUCAAAUUUUCAAAAUCUGGCAAGAUUAUGGUAAAGGCAACUGAUAUAGAACAUUUAAAAAUUUCAAAUUAUAUUAUAUUUGAAAGUUCUACCUCAAUACCAUCUAGCACUAGAUUAAUUAUUGAUAUCAUUGCUGAUGAUAUUGAAUUUCAAAAAUAA